GAGACUUCAACUCGAUUAGUCUGUGCAUUAUGGCUGCUUCUUGUGCCUUCCCUGAUAUAUUUGGCUGGAUUCAGAACCUUCCACCAAUCACAGAAUGGAGAAAAAACUCCAUGUCUCUCUGCAUAUAUUUUUCAAGUUCAUCCCAACCAUCCCUCAAUCUCUCCAUAGCCAAAAACAACCAAACUCCAACACUCUGUUUUUCUAUCAAUGCAGAUUUCAAUCUCCCUGUCGCUCUUUGGACCUCAAAACCAUUCAAGCUCGGUUCCAAAUCCACAAAGUUGAUAGACGAGGAAACCAUGUCCAACAUCAUGGUCAAUUUCAUUGAAGAUGUGCUUCGUUAUAGCUCAAACAAGAACAACUCCUUCCUCCAGCUCCCUCGACUGGAUUCCACGACCAACUUCAAAGACAUGUUCAAUUUCGCGUUUCUCACUCUAGCAAUCCUCGUCUGCAUCUAUGAAGCUCCGGCAGAUCUCCGUUCAGGAUGUCUUAAUGCUCUCAAGAGUCACCUGGCAAAUUGUCAGUCAAGACAAGCAACAAAGCUGCUCAUGAAACUCUUGGGAUCUAAUUUAGAAGAGCAAUGGAUGCGGUCCCUGAACCUUGCCAUUACUAAUUGGACUGUAGAGCUCCAAGCCACCCACCGCUCCCUCAAAACACCAUCGCCCCUGUUCUCUUACGCAAUUUCAACACUUGGGUUAUGGAAGGUUCAUCUGUAUUGUCCUGUCAUAGCCAUGGAUGUCGAAAAUUCGAGCAGUCCUUCCGCUGAUGAGCGACUGUUAUUUUCUCUAACUUACCACCAACUUGAAGGCGUUGUCCAAUUCAAUUACAAAGUAACAGUUCAACCGAGUUGGGUUGAAGUGAUAGUGAACACUGAUAACAUACGGUGUGACGUGAUGAGACUUGUGAAUGAGACCCUUCUGAAUCAACGAGGAGUUGGAACAGCAGAAAAGCACUUCCCUUCACGAAUUUCCUUGCAACUUACUCCAACUCUUCAGACGAACAUAGUGAGCCUUUCAGUGAGCAAAUCAUCUGAGAACCCAGCAAGAGAGAUGGGCUAUGAAAAAAGUAUAGAAGCAGGAUUCGAACCCUCAAACCCUUACUUGGUACUCAAGGCGACCGCUGGAGAGACCAUGACUAUGAGCUUGAAGCCUUGGAAGUUUGAGGAAUCCGUCGAUGGUUAUAGUGCAAACUUGAACUGGUUUCUUCACGAUAGCAUGGAUGGAAGAGAAGUGUUCUCUUCCAAGCCUACAAAGCUUGCAUUGCUUAACCCCAAGGCUUGGUUUAGAGACCGAUACUCGAGCGCAUACCGGCCUUUUACCCGGCAAGGAGGAGUGAUAUUCGCCGGCGACGAGUACGGCGAGAGAGUCUGCUGGAAGGUGGACAAAAGUGCCGUAGGAAGGAGCAUGGAGUGGGAGAUUCGAGGGUGGAUUUGGUUAACAUAUUGGCCUAACAAAUAUAAAACAUUUUAUGCUGAGACUAGGAAACUGGAAUUUAGAGAAAUCGUUCAUCUUUCCAUUGGUGGUUAGCUAAGAAAACCACAAGAAAUUUGCAGACUUUAGAAUAUUUAAGGCUUGUUAUACUCCCCCACAAAUAUCUGCAUCCACUUUGUAUU